AUGUUUAUAAAUAGUAUAAAUAAGGUUAUACAAUCAAACAGAUCUCGUAUACAGAUUAGAAAUGCAGCUAAGAUCACAUCCAUACAUUCAAUACCAUCAAUAAAAACAAAACCACCAGUGGUUAAACAUACAAUAGAAGAGCGUAAUAAAAGAAGACAAUUGUUGGAAAGACCAGGUAUAUUUGGUAUUAAAAGAGGUAUGAUUACUUGGUUUACAUCCGAGGGUGAACAAUUACCGGCAACAGUAAUAGAAAUAGAUUCAGUAGAAGUAUUACAACAUAAAACUGAAGAUGAAUUUGGUUAUAAUUCAAUAUUAUUAGGAACUAUAGAUAGAUUUAAAAAUUUAAAACUUGGUUUAUCGACAUUGAAAAUUUUCGACAAGGCAGGAACUGCACCAAAAUAUAAAAUAGGAGAAUUUAGAAUAAGAAACUCAUUAGAGAGUGAGUUACCACUCGGUACUGAAAUUAAAGCUGAUUAUUUCGCCGAAGGUCAAUUGAUAGAUGUUAAAGGUAUUACUAAAGGUAAAGGUUUCGCAGGUGGGAUGAAACGUUGGGGAUUUAAAGGUCAACCUGCUACUCAUGGUGUUACUAAAACUCAUAGAAAAGCUGGUGGUCAUGGUGGUAAUCAAGAUCCUGGUAGAAUUUUCCCUGGUCAUAAAGGUGAAGGUAGAAUGGGUGGUAAAAAUAAUACUAAAUUUAAUAUUGAAGUUUUGAAAACUGAUGCUGAUGCUGGUAUUAUAAUUGUUAAAGGUUCAAUACCAGGACCAAGAAAAGCAAUUUUAAAAUUACAAGAUUCAUUAAUUAAAUAUGCAACUUCAAAAAAUCAAAUAGAAAAAGAAGCAAUGUAA